UGUAGUUUGACCAGUGGUCAGUUGAAAAACAAUUUGUUUUUAUGACAGUAUAGGAAAGAAGCAAUUAGGACAAUUUGUGUGGAUGAAAAGUAUUUUGCAAUGAUGGAGGUUGAAUCUACUGGUCAAGUUUUUAACCUACAAACCAAUGUUCCAGAAGAUGUUGGGUAUAUCAAAGAUGGUCACCAGUUUGCCCACAGACCAUUUCUGGACAUUCAUGGUCAAGAGAAAACAACACCAAGACUGCCAUACCCAGAAAUUUACAAUCAGCAAGUGAUAUCACCACGGCAACAUGGUGAAAAUCAAAACCAAGAAAAGAACCUAUUUCCUCAGGUAUUUGACAGACAAGAACAAGAAAAAAUCCUACAAAGACAAAUGAUUGAGGUCUAUAGACGAGAAUCAAGAGAAUUUGGAAAAAUUGAAGAAGAAAGCAUGGGAGAUUAUUCACAAAAGUCAGACAACCAUGAUAAAGCUAAUGAAGCUAUAUCACCAAGGCAACUUGUCGAGAAACAAAACCAAGAAAAGCAACUAUAUCCUCAGAUGUUUGAAAGACCAGAAAACAUGAGAGAGAGACAGAUGAUUGAGGCCUACAGACAAGAAUCAAGAGAAUUUGGACAGUUGGAAGAAGACAAUUCACAAAAGUCACAGAAGAGUGAUGCCUACAUAAGACAAGAAUCAAGAGAAUUAGGACAGAUAGAUGACAUCAAGGGAGAUAAAUCCCAAAUGUCAGACAAUCAAGAUAAAGGCAAUGAAGAAAGGAUGGACAAGAAUGAGGAGAACAACCAGUUAAAUGAUAAUUUAAAGAAAUGUCACGAGAACAUGGAAGAUUUUCAAGCAGCCAUUAAAAGGGCCGACACAGUGUCACCACAAGUUGCAGAUGUUGUUGAGAAGGUAAUGUCUGAAGAUAACUCGCUGAUAGAAAAUCACGAAGGUUAUAAUCUCUCAAACGCCAGCUUCCACGAUACCAAUUCUAACUCAUCGGACGAUCAAUCUGAAUACCUGACCAACAAUGUUACAUCCGAUUCCACAGCUACUUAUGUCAGAGAUCCAAACACAGGACAUGUCACCACUAUCAAGCCAGACAAAGAAGGACUAUAUUUCUGCCACCUUUGUAGCUUUUCAGGAAGAACCCAAGCUGAUUUCGAGAAUCAUAUGACUUGCCAUUUUGAACAUAUAUGUCCCCACUGUGAUUACAAGUCUAGAACAGAAGGCCGACUUAAGAGACAUAUUAAAGAUUUUCACACAGACGACCCACCAGACGGAUUCGGUUCCAAAAGGAACAUGGGCAGACCUAAAGUCUUCAGAUGCAAACAAUGUGAAUUUGUUGCCACCGAAAAAACUGAAUUCUGGGCACAUGCUAGAGCUCAUAUUAAAGAUGACAAAGUAUUACAGUGUCCACGAUGUCCGUUUGUUACCGAGUAUAAACAUCAUUUGGAGUAUCAUCUUCGCAACCAUUUUGGCUCGAAGCCAUUCAAGUGUAACAAAUGUAACUACUCAUGCGUAAACAAGUCAAUGCUCAACAGCCACAUGAAGUCACACACCAAUGUUUAUCAGUACAGAUGUGCCGAUUGUACGUAUGCUACAAAAUACUGCCACAGCCUCAAACUUCAUCUCCGUAAAUAUCAGCAUAAACCUGCCACUGUUUUGAACUCUGACGGAAGUCUACCUCAAGGAAUUGAUGCUGAUGCAUCUGGACUAUCAUUACUGCAAAAGAGGGGUCCACCAAGGGGACCAAGAGGUCCUAGAAAGGAUAAAUUUGAUCCAUAUAUGAACAGCAUGUUCAAUCUACCUCAGUCACCCAUUCAUGGACUCCCACCAGGAAUGGGUGGAGCAAUGAUGUCGCCAUAUUGGCCAUUACUCAGUCAGCUUCCUAAUGGAUUCCACCGCCCACCACCUCUAAUUCCAACCUCUUCACCAAUGUCAAUGAAUUCAUCAAUCCAUUCCCCUCAGCUACCUCAACACUUAUCCAAGAUGGGAGCACCAAAGACUCCUGAUGGAGACAAUUCAAGCAAUUAUCCAUUCAAGUGCAAUUUCUGUUGCUAUGGAACCGGCAGUAAACAGGAACUGUAUAAACAUUUAAUGAAAGUUCACGCAACUGAAAACCAGGAUUUAUUUUCAAUGUUUGGCUUGUCCUCCGAAGCUUUACUUGAGGAACAGAACCGCAGACUCAGCAUGAUGAAGCACAAGAUGGAGGAGAGAAAUUUGGAUGAUAGCUUGAACGAUGAGCUUCAUAUACACACAGAUGGUGAAGAUGAGGAUCAAAAAUAUAGUCCGCAUUCCUGGUCACAUUCAUCACCAGUUGAACCAGCCAAGAUUAAUCGAAAUAAUGGUCGAUACAGUAUGCCAGAGUUGCCUGUGAAUUAUUACAGAAAUGGAAAUGCUAGUCCCAAAGAUUUAGGUCGGGCCGAAGGAGAAGAUAUCAUUAAACAGAUGAUGAAUAAAUUCGGAACUGGGUCACCUAUGAAUGCUGCUAGACCUAAACUGCCUCAUCAGCGUGAAAGUCCUCUUGACCUUACAAAGCGUAAAUAUCCAUUUUCAUCUAGUCCGUUAUCUCAGGAAGAAAUGUACAACAGAGAAAUCAAUCAUGAAGGUGAUGCUCAUUCAAGUGGAGAGAGUACGUCUGCUAACGAUAACAAUGGCCAGAGCCCAAGAAAAAGGUCCAGAAAAGGAAAAGCUUUCAAAUUAGAUAGACUCUGUCUAAAAUUGCAUGAUAAACAUGAUGAUGCUGAAAAUGGGAGUGAAAAUGAAGAAUCUGAGUUUUUAGAGAAUGAUACCGUGGGAGAACUUCAGAUUGAUGAAUCCAGCAACAUGGAUGAAGAGUUGAGAAAUAAAGAUGAAAGUAGAGAUGUAAAUGAAGCUGAUGAAGAUGGCAAGAAAGAUGAUGAUAUUGAGGAAAUUAAAAAUAGCCUUCAGUACCUUAAUGAAGGAAUGGCUAAGUCCCAAUCAGAAAAAGCACCAGAGAGAAAGUCACCCGAUUCUACCAGAAAUCAAAGUGGUGAUGAGGUUGCUUCAAGUCAAGCUAUAACUAGUAGCCAAGAUGUUAUUUUGUCUGCAAGAAGGGAGCAGACAGAGCUAUCAAUGCAGACUUCACAAGCCUUGAGACAUCAAACUGAACUUGCCUGGAAGAUGUUACAAAAUGGUGGCAGUGGUGGCCAUUUUCCUUACAUGUCACUGGAGCAGAACGGCCAUAAUCAGGAUUUGGCAAAGUUAACCACUGCAGCACAGCAGAUGAUAGCAAUGAACAAUCGUAAGAGUGGACCUAAUGGGAAGUAUGAAUGUGCCUAUUGUGAAAUUGCAUUUAAAGACUGUGUCAUGUACACAAUGCACAUGGGUUACCAUGGUUACAAAGAUCCAUUUAAAUGUAAUAUGUGUGGACAUUGCAGCAAGGACAAAGUUGAAUUCUUCCUUCAUAUAGCUCGUGCUGCUCACAACUAAAGACAAAAUGACUGUUUGUGAAAAAGCAUUUUGUAAGCAGUGUUUUUUUGCAUGAUGACAUUUUUUGAACAUUUUUGCAGACUUCAUAAAUAUUAGUGAUAUAAUAGACAAAAAAUGGAUAUUUAAAUGUUGUCUAAGGUCAAAGAUUUGACCUUGUUAUUGACAUUUGCAUUCCCAGAUAUUGUUUUGGCAGCAUUACAUCCAAGUUGUUAAUACUAGUCAUAUAGAUUGUAGAAUUUCUAAGGGAGAUAACUUGUACUGUAUU